AUGAGGCUCUCACUCUCUUUGUACAGCUGGCUGGUCUGUCUGUUUGCUUGGAGGAUAGCCGCCGAUAACAAGUCGCAACCUAUCUCCAUCUUCCGAUCAAGACCAGACUUAUCCGCUCCCAUUCUGAGCGUCUUCAGACACCAGCGAGAAAAGCUUGCACCGGGCUACUAUUUCGUUGCGCCCUAUCAAGCCACGAAUGAAGCCAUUCACAUCUAUGACAAUGACGCGAACUUGGUUUACUCGGGCUUUGGGAGCGCCGGACCCGGCGUGUCCCAUGCUCCCCAGACAUGCAUGUACAAAGGCGAGGUGCAUCUCUGCUUCUACCAGGGCGUGCAAAUGCUCGGCUGGGGCCAUGGUCAUGGUCUCAUAAUGGACAAACAUUACCGCAUUGUCAAAUCCGUCGAGCCUGGUAGCUACCAGGCUUCGUCCGAUAUGCAUGAGUUUCGACUCAUCAACGAAGGGAAACAAGCACUGCUGACACAGUAUCUCCGUAGCGUGUACGACCUGUGCCCGUGGGACCUGUGUGACGGCCUGGGCUACAUUCACCAAGGAGCGUUCCAGGAAGUCGACGUUGAGACCGGGAAUGUGCUUUUCGAAUGGCAUAGUCUUGAUCAUGUCGAUCCGCAUGAGAGCUGGGUUCCCCCGGGUACCACUGAGAUCAGCGGAAGUGGUCAACACCCAGAAAGUCCGUGGGACUACUUCCACAUCAACUCUAUCGACAAGAACCAAGACGGCGAUUACCUCAUCUCGGCACGACACACUUCUGCCGUAUACAAGCUUUCCGGGGUCGAUGGACACGUCAUCUGGCGGCUCAAUGGCGCCAAGUCGGAUUAUGCGCUUGACGGAUUUCAGUUUUCUUCCCAGCACGAUGCCAGGUUCAUCUCGGACAAUGAAACGCAUACGGUGCUGUCCCUGUUCGACAACGGCACCAAUGGCUUCAACCAGACGCAGCCUCAUUCAACCGGGCAGAUCAUUGUCGUCGAUCAUAGAACCAAAGUCGCUACCGCGAUCUUGAACCUGGAUCCCCCGUUCGUGGAUGGACACGCACAUAUCACGAAGUCUCAGGGUAAUAUGCAGAUCCUGCCCAACGGGGGGAUCGUCAUGGGCUGGGGCAACGAUGCCUUUUGGACCGAGUACGCCCCCGAGACGCACGAGAUCAUCUUCUACGGAGCUCUGGCGUGGACGAACACGAUGAACUACCGUGUACACAAGUUCGACAACUGGGUCGGCAUGCCGCUCACGAAACCUGCCAUAUGGGCUUUCUCAAAGGAGGGAGGAGAUAUGAUGAUGUACGUUUCCUGGAACGGGGCGACCGAGGUGAAAUCAUGGCGGUUCUAUGGUGGCGAUUCGAAGCAGGGUCCGUGGGAGGAAUUGGGGGAAGUUCCCAAGAAGGGGUUCGAGUCCUUCUACAGACACCAUACGGCACAUACGUACAACUACGCGGAAGCAUUGGACAAGGACGGCCGAGUCCUGGGCACAUCGGCCGUGGAAACGAUUUUCAUUCCCAAUGACCAGUUGAAGGAGUAUUGCGACGACCUCGCCUGCCGGUUCAUGCCCAGUCCGCAACAGAGGCAGAAGGAGAAGGAGGAGAAAGAACAAGCCGAGAAUGCCAAGUUGGGCCAGGCCGGGCAGGACGAGCAGGACGUGCCGGCCGUGGACGUGGACGUGCAGGAUGAGCAGGAGAGACUCGAGGCCGAGCGGCAGCGCGCCGAGAAGAUCAAGAACGCCGAAAUCUACGGUGGUACGUUCGGCGGCUUGGUUGUCCUGAUCCUCCUGAUCAUCGUGCUGGCCACGAGGAAUUUCGUGUCGCGGCCGGUCCAUGCGUUAGCCUACAACGUUUAUAGGGCUCUCAGCAGAAAGGGCAUACGAGGAAGGGACGUCGGCGUCGAUGCAGGAUACAAGGCUCUGGCGUUGGAAGAUCAGGACGGUGAUAGAACACCCAUGAUCAGAGACCCGUCGUGA